UGCAUGAAGCUUUGCAUGUACCCCCCUGAUAUAAAUCCUGAUAAUAAAAUUCCUGGCAGUGCAAUGUGACAGCUGCCAGAGGUCAUUUGAGGGCAUUAAUCAGCAUCUUAAAGGAUGGGGUACUGUUUCCGGUGCAUGCAUGUGUGUGCUGGUUGUGCACGCAGGUGCGGAAGGACGUGCACACGCAUGAUGUCUGAUGUCUGAGAGAGCGUGUGUGUGUGUGUGUGUGUGUGCGUUUAUAGCCUAUGUGUGUGUGACUGUGUGUGUGGGGGUGUGUAAGUGUGUGUGUGUGCCUCGACCAGCCCCCCUCUCUCUUUGUCCCUCCUCAACAGUGAAACCCAGGCGCGCGCCAUCAAUCUCCCCGCGCAUCCCGCUUCCCACAACAACCUUCACUUCACUUUCACAUCCGCAUCACCCUCGAUCACGGACCAAGUUGCCGCCGCAAGAGAUCCAUGUUUCGCCUCCCUGAGAUGCGACACCACCCCACCGUUUACCGGAGAAUAUCGUCCGUCCGCUGAGCGAGAGCAUGCCCGAUACGGGGGCGGCCAGUGCGGCGGGCACCGCGACCGACGGCGCCGCCGAGGGCUCGCGGCACCGACACCGGUCGCAGGGGGAGGGAGAGAAGCACGAGUCGCACGCCGGCCCGCCACCCAGCACGUCUGGGGUCCUGGACAAGCUGUUUGGGAAGCGUCUUCUCCAGGCCGGGCGACACAUCAUGUCCCACAAGUCCUGGAUGAAGUCGGUGCCCACGGAGAACUGCGACCUGCUCAUGACGUUCGCAGACUCCACGGACGACCACACGUUGCUAUGGCUACUGAACCACAUCCGGCUGGGCAUCCCCGAGCUCAUCAUCCAGAUCCGGCAUCACAAACAGACCAGCGUGUACGCCUUCUUCGUCACAGCGACCUACGAGAACCUGCUGCGGGGGGCGGAGGACCUGGGUCUGAGGAAGGCCAUCAAGCCGGAGUACGGGGGCGGAGCCCGGAGCUUCUCCUGCGAGGAGGACUACACCUACGAGAACAUCGAGAGCGAGCUCUGCUUCUUCACCUCACAGGAGCGACAGAGCAUCAUCAAGCACUGGCUGGACAACCUACGUGCCAAGCAAGGCGAGGUGCUCCACAACAUCAACUUCCUGGAGGGCCAGCCAAUCAUCCCUGAGCUGAGUGCGCGGGGGGUGAUCCGCCAACUGUUCCCGCUCCACGAGCAGCGGAUCCUCAGCCAGCUGAUGAAGUCCUGGGUGCAGGCGGUGUGUGAGAAGCAGCCGCUGGAUGAUAUCUGCGACUACUUCGGGGUGAAGGUGGCCAUGUACUUCGCCUGGCUGGGGUUCUACACCACCUCCAUGCUGUACCCCGCCGUCAUCGGCUUUGUGCUGUGGAUGCUCACCGAGUCAGACCAGACGAGCCGGGACAUCUGCUCGGUGGUGUUUGCGCUGUUCAACGUGGUGUGGGCCACGCUGUUCCUGGAGCGCUGGAAGAGGAGGGGCUCGGAGCUGGCCUACAAGUGGGGGACGCUGGACAGCCCGGCCGAGUGCCUGGAGGAGCCACGGCCGCAGUUCAGGGGGGUGAAGCGCUGCAGCCCCGUCACCGGCUGUGAGGAGUACUUCUACCCCCCGUGGCGGCGGCUCCUGUUCAGGUGGCUGGUCAGCCUGCCCGUCUGCCUGCUCUGCCUCUGCGUCGUCUUCCUGGCCAUGCUGGUCUGCUUCGAGCUGCAGGAGUUUGUGAUGGGGAUCAAAGAAAUGCCAAGGCUAGCCCGCUUCAUCCCCAAGAUCAUGCUGGCCAUCACUGUGAGCGCGUGUGACGAAGUGUACAGGAAGAUAGCCUUCUGGCUCAACGACAUGGAAAACUACAGACUCCAGAGUGCCUAUGAGAAACAUCUCAUCAUCAAAAUGGUUCUUUUUCAGUUUGUAAAUUCUUAUCUUAGCCUUUUCUACAUCGGGUUCUACCUCAAAGACAUGGAGCGUCUGAAAGAGAUGCUGGCCACCCUUCUCAUCAUCCGCCAGUUCCUCCAGAACGUGAAGGAGGUGCUGCAGCCUUACUUGUACGAGCGCCAGAAGCUGUACGACCUCACCCCCCGGGCCCUGUGGGAGCUCUUCUCCUCAGCGCUGCUCAAGUACGCCCGGCUGGCCGCAGGAAAGCCCCAGGCUUCUCCCAGCGACCAGGCCGCACUGGGCCCCGGCCUCAGAGGCCAGAGAGCGGGCCAGGGACAAGCAGAAAGAAGGGAGAAGAAGUGUCUGAACGGGGGCUGCGGGGUCCCGGAUGAGGAGGAGGGGGGCGCGGACCGGGACGAGGCAGACAGCGGGCGCUUCAGCGAGGGGGAGACGGAGGAGGAGAGCCUGAUGGACUGCGGGCUGAAGCUCAGGAAGGUCAGCUUCAUCGAGAAGGUGGAGCGGCGGGCCUGCAGCGGCCCCCCCAUCGACGACAGCUUCCUGGAGGAGGGCAGCCCCACCAUGGUGGAGCAGGGCAUGGCCUCCGUCUUCCAGAUGUGCGACGACGACGACGACAACGGCGUCCACGACAUCAAGGAGCCGCACCACGCCGGGGGGGGCGGGGCCACGACGGGGGUGGGGGCAGGGGGGGCGGAGCACGGGGGGGCGCGGCAGAGGAAGCAGGGGCGGGGGGGCCCGGAGAGGGCGGAGCCGAGGGCCAAGCGGGAGUCGUGGAUCGACCCACCGGAGGAGCGGGAGAACAAGACGCUGACGCAGGCGGAGGUGGAGAGCUGCAUGCAGACCUACGAGGACACGUUCGGGGACUACCAGGAGAUGUUCGUCCAGUUCGGCUACGUGGUGCUGUUCUCCUCGGCCUUCCCGCUGGCCGCUCUGUGCGCGCUCAUCAACAACAUCAUCGAGAUCCGCAGCGACGCCUUCAAGCUCUGCAGCGGCCUGCAGAGGCCCUUCGGCCAGAGGGUGGAGUGCAUCGGCCAAUGGCAGACGGCCAUGGAGGCCAUGGGUCUGAUCGCCAUCAUCGUCAACUGUUACCUGAUUGGACAGUGCGGCCAGCUCCAGCGUCUCUUCCCCUGGCUCAGCCCCGAGAUGGCCAUCAUCUCCAUCGUCAUCCUGGAGCACUUUGCGGUCCUGCUGAAGUACAUCAUCCACGUGUCCAUCCCUGAUAUUCCCAACUGGGUGGAGGAGGAGAUGGCCAAGCUGGAGUACCAGCGCAGAGAGGCCUUCAAGAAGCACGAGCGGCAGGCGCAGCAGCACUACCAGCAGCUGCAGCGGCGCAAGCGCGAGGAGGAGGAGCGGCAGCGGCAGGCGGAGCACGCCGCCCGCCGCGAGAGGGAGCGCGGCGAGGGCAAGGGGGGGGACGGCGCCUCCGGGGGCGGCGGCGGCGGCGGGGGGGACCACCACCAUGACAAGUCCCAUGGCAGCAAGUCCCGCUCGUCCGGCGGGGGCGGGGCCAGUGGAGGAGGAGGAGGCGGCGGCGGCGGCGGGAGCGGCGAGAAGCCCAAGCGGCCCAGCUCGCUGCUGGCCAACAACAACGUGAUGAAGCUCAAGCAGAUCAUGCCGCUGCAGGGCAAGUUCUCGUCGGGCGCCGGUGCCCGCUCGCCCCAGUCGCCCACGGGCGCCGAGCCCAAGCUGCCGGGCUUCCUGAGCUUCAAGUUCCUCAAGUCGCCCGAGAACAGGAAGGAGGUCGCCGCCGCCGCCGUGACAUCUUCCUCUUCGUCGUCGUCCUCGGUGUCCGGGAGCGGCUCCCAGGAGCGCUCCCAGUCGCCCAGCAAGGCCUUCAACCCCGGAAAACUCUUUAACUUCGGGAAGACGGAGGGCGGGGCCUGUGUGAACGGAGGCUCCUCCUCCUCCGACGGCGGCGGCCGGCUGCCGUCCCGGGCGGACUUGAACGGCGUGCCGGACGAGAUCCCGGCGCCGGGGUGCAACGGGGGGCCGGAGAACGGCCACCCCUCCUCCGACCCGGACCACAAAGCCUAGGAGGGACCCCGAGGUCCGGGUCCCGUCCGCGGCGGAGCAGCGAGGCGCUUACUGUGAAAAGGGGGAGGAGACACGCGACCCCGCGCCGGAACAGGGGAGUGUCCGCGCCCGGGCAGCAGAACCACGACGAGGAGGGAGGGGGCUAGGAGGGAGGGGGCUAGGAGGGGAGGGGACGAGGAGGUGGGGGACAAGGAGGAGGGGAAGGGGAGGAAAGAUGGUUCGGCUGCAGUGGAAUGCUUUUAUUUUCCUUUUUUUGGCUGAUGGACAAAAACACACACGAGUCGUCCCGGGAAAAAGACAUAAGCCCUGCUGUCAUGCCCCCAAACGCACACGAGGAACACACACGCAUGCACGCACUCACGCGACACACAUGCACGCACACACACACACACACAGAGACACACACGCACAUAGACACACUCACAUAGACACACACGUCUGCAAUACAUAAAGAAAUGCAUGAGCUGCGUUUCGGAUCUUUUGAAGCCUUUAAAGCGCCGAGAGCUGUACUUCUUGGUUUUCUGGGGGUCAAACAUGUUAAGUGUCUCUGUGGCCCUGCCACUAGAAUACGACCAGAGUGAAGGGAGAACAGGAAGGAAACGCAGGUUAAAUCAGCUAACACUGAGCACUGCUAGCUCAAAUUAAACCGAUUUAUAAUUAGAUAAUAUCAGUCUCAUUUUUAACUUUGAGGGAAUCCUGGACCCUUCACUUUUAUACUUAAGUGUAAAUUUAGGACAAGCAAUAUCAAUCUGCGUUUUAAUCCCAAACUGUUCUGCAAAAUUUGAUCAAUCAUCACACAAACCCCCAAAACCAUAACACGGUGGCUUUUUAAACCACUCUUUAGGAGUUCUAGUUUAUUUUGAAGGUACUAGCUUUCUCAACAGCAUCACAUCCCAGCAUCACAAACCCUCAUUCACAUCAAGAGGCAAUAUCAGAGUCCUUCUGACGGGGCUGGGGAGAGAAACCGCUUCCUAGAGAACUCUGUCGUUUCAAAUCAAUACGCAGAAGGGUGUGGGGGAGGGGGGGGGGGGGGUCGAGGCUGGGAAGAUUUCCUCAUCAGGGCCUGUGGGCGUGGCUUUGAGUGAAACUUUCCGAUGAAGGUGUGUGUUUGUUUGUAUGUACGGGGGGGGGGGUAACAUUUGCACUAAAUCCAAACACCCUGCUCAGUAGAACCCCAUCUUUCUGCGUGGGGGGGGGGGGGGGGGGGGCUCAUAGCAUUAUGCAAGAGUUUCUUUAAACCGUCAUUACACAGACAAUGCUGUUGUUGACAAAGCAGUUUUUUAUUUUGUUAUUUUAUGAUUGUAGCUCUGAUUUACUUUGAACUACAUUUUUAUACAUACCGUUUCCUGUAUUCCUUGCAAUGUAUGGGGUUACUUUCUCUCUUCUUUUUUUUUUACCAAAACAGUGCUUUUUUUAUAUUUGUUUCAGUAAAGUGAACUAUACAGAAUAAUGUGUUCAUGUCAUUGGAUAUAAAUGCGGUAUAUGAACUAUCAUUUAGUCACUACCUUACCACUAUUUCGGUUCCGUAGUGUCUCCAGCAGGGGGGGCAAUAGAGCUGCAAAUGAAUCGUUGCCCAGCGAAAUGUUUCGUCCAAUCAGUUGAUGGGGUUUAAGAUGCGUAAAACCCCAGCGUCUCUAUGAAUGAAAUGCAGUGGUGAGGGGACACACAAACACAUACACACACAGUCACAGACACACACACAAACACAGAGGGGCUGUUGCACUGCAAAGUUUAGCAACGGAAAUGUAAACUAUGCAUCUCCUGACCCUCGCCUCUGACAGACUUCUUUGCAAUAACACGGUUGUUGUGGGGGACUUCACUGUCCUACUCAUGUCUAGGUUAGCGGUCGCAGUCCUGUUUCUCUACGAUGCCUAGUUGCAGUACCUGUAUCGAUGUGUUCCCUCGAUGGUUUCCAUCUGUGUUACUGGUAGGUCAUCAUUUGAGAAGGCACAGACCUAUGGUUCAAAAGAUGAGGGAAAGCCCUUGACUUAACAUCCAGCUGCAUAAACAUUCACCCAUCUCUCUCCCUCUGUUUCUUAAUGGGGGCUAUGGUGAACACAGAGGCAAUCAACAUGUUCCGCUCCAUCACACCCCCUUCCUCUAUCAGAUGUUUGUCUCUUCAGCUUUGCAGCCAAACUUUACAAUAUCGAAGUUGUCUAACAUCUUUUAACACAGUAAAGCAAAACCAUUUUUCAAUGCAAUAAGGGAAAAAAUGGCUUUCGUUUAUCGUCUUGUUUUUCCACAUUUGAAAGUCAUUGUCAUGAUUGUAUAUUGGGUAGAGCGAGCGCCUCUCCUAUUCCACCUCCCUGUCAUGUAGGACCCAUCUCCCUGAUCACAGACAGCCCAGUGUGACUGUCCUCGGCUGAGCUUAGGACUUUGAGCAGGACUUGUCAAUAACAUCGUUCACUCCUACAGCUUUCGCCCUCUUCAGUUAGGUUACAAUGUGAUCAUUGUUAUUCCGACGGGGAUGAUUGACCUAAGACGUGAGGAAGAGUGCUAAUUAGCGUUCUCAGUCACGGUCUCGGUGCUCUAACGCGUGAUCUUACUCCCGUCACAAAGACAUAACGUUCAAAAGCUAGUUUAGACUAAACUGACACCGCCGAACCCCCCUAACACUCGCUACUCUGCAGAGGUCUCUGUGUCGACGGCUGAGAACCACCGUGAGUGGCCGUCCCCGGAUUCAAUAUCAGCUGUUUCUGUUUCUGUUUUCUGGUCGUUUCUGUGUGUAACCACGGUGUGCGCGCUCCGUUUGCGCUCCGGAGCAGGUGGGGUGGAGGCGGUGGGUGGGGGUCCCGGGAGCCUGGUUGGUGGGACGCGGUCCACGGCGGUUUGGUGGCCGUUGGAGCUGAAGACGUCUGCGUGAAAGCAGCGCUUACGGAAAACCUAUCAUAUGCUCUUCCAAUGUACCACUGUACAAAAAAAAACUUUUCAAGAUAUGAUUCUGGGAAAUUGGAUUAUUUAUUUCUGUUAAUUUAUUUUGUCAUAUUUUUGUAAGACAUGAGAAAUAGAUAAUAAAAUAAUUUCAAAAUG